AUGUCGUCUCCGCGUCGGGCCGCCCGCUCGCCGAUUCCCGGCCGGCCUCCGCGUGACGCCGUCUCCGCGCGCUCGGCCGCUGCUGUGGCCGGCUCCCGCUCGCCCCGCGCCGACUCCCGCCCCCACCCGUCCGGCGUCACAGCCGCCGGCUCAGCGCGACUCGGCACCGUCCGGCGUCCCGCUCGUCGCUUCAGCUUCGCCCGGAGGCCACCCGCGCUGGCCGGCUCGCGCCCGCACCCCGGCCGCCCCCGCGCUCCUCUGCCUCGCUCCGGCGGCGCCCCCACUCCGCUGCCGGCCACCCGAGCCUGGCCGGGUCCAGCCCCGCGCCUCUGCUCGCCUUCGCUCCGCCACCCGGCCCCGCCCUGUGGCCGGCUCCGCGCCUCUGCGUGCCUACGCCGGCUCCUCCACACGCCCAGCCCGGGCCGGCUUCGCCCCGUUCCGCGCCUGCGGUCCGCGCCACCCGGUGGCCGGCUCCUGCUCGCCGCACGGCCGGUUCCCCGCGCGUCCUGGCCGACUCCUGCGCGUCCGGCCCCCCAGCAUCGCCUCCGCCUGGCCGGGUCCAGCCCCGCGCCUUUGCUCGCCUUCGCUCCGCCACCCGGCCCCGCCCUGUGGCCGGCUCCGCACCUCUGCGUGCCUGCGCCGGCUCCUCCACACGCCCGGCCCGGGCCGGCUUCGGGUCACCAGCGCCGGCGGCCGGCUUCGCCCCGUUCCGCGCCUGCGGUCUGCGCCGCCCGGUGGCCGGCUCCUGCUCGCCGCGCGGCCGGCUCCCCGCGCGUCCUGGCCGACUCCUGCGCGUCCGGCCCCCCAGCGUCGCCCCCGCCUGGUCGUGUCGUCCGCGCUCGCCCGGCUUCGGCCCCGCGCGCUCGCCUCUCCCGCGCCGGGUCCGGCCUCCGCUCUGCCGGCUGCUGGCCUCCCACAUCGGGUCCGGCCCCCACGCCCACCGGUUUGCCACUCCAGCCGGCGGCCGGCUUCCGCCUGCUCCCCGGCCUGCCGGCUGCUCCGCCUGCACCUCACCCUGCCGGCAUGAGAAACGACAAGGGCCGGUUGGAAGGAAAGAAAAGUUCCCCGCUGGAGAACAAAGCAAAGGGCUGA